GCGUCGGUUUCGGCUCAUUCCUUCGCUGCGUGGUGGCAGAGAGACGGUGAACUGGACCAGACUGGCUCGGAACCCUUAACACUCGCCCAGUUAAAGGGAUGCCGUUAUUAGACCUAAGCGUUUACUGAAGUGAAGUCAAUGUCAGUGAUUCCUCCGCUUACAAUGGGCUGGUGUGCUGCAGGUGAGCCAACGUGAGAGCAGCCUCCGCGAUCAGAGGAGCCACGAGACCGAGACAGUUUGGAGGAAGGGGACUCCGGGGAGACAGGGACAUGUCAGGAGACAAAAUGAAAACUGUGAAAGGAGCCCCUUCACACAACGCUUCACCCAAAGAGAAUGGACACCAGGCGCCGAGUCCGGUUCCCCCCAACGACAGCUCGACCCAUCCGUCAGCGGCGAACAGAGCCGAGGAUCCGGCGUUGACCUCCACCGGCGAGCUGACCCACACCUGGGUGCACUUUGCAAAAACCUUUGUUCUCAUUUUCCCCAUUUACGCACUGGGUUAUUUCGAGUUCAGCUUCAGCUGGCUGUUGAUUGGACUUGUUCUGUUUUUCUGGUGGAGGAGGAACACACGAGGGAAGCACAGCCGCCUGAACAGAGCGCUGGCUUUCUUUGAGCACGAGGAGACAAGUGUGAAGCACAGCCUCACCACCUCUGAUUUACCACCAUGGGUUCACUUCCCAGACGUGGAGCGAGUGGAGUGGCUGAACAAGACAGUGAAACAGAUGUGGCCCUACAUCUGCCAGUUUGUGGAGAAAUUGUUCCGUGAGACCAUCGAGCCAGCAGUGAAGGAGUCCAACGCUCACCUCAGCACCUUCUGCUUCAGCAAGAUUGACAUCGGAGACAAACCCGUGAGGGUCAAUGGAGUCAAGGUUUAUUCAGAGAAUGUGGACAAGCGACAGAUCAUCAUGGACCUACAGAUAAGCUUUGUUGGCAACACAGAGAUUGACGUGGACGUCAAACGCUACUACUGCAAAGCUGGCAUUAAGAGCAUCCAGAUCCACGGCGUGUUGAGAGUGGUGAUGGAGCCGUUGCUGAGUGUUAUGCCUCUUGUUGGAGCUUUGUCUCUGUUCUUUCUCAAGAAGCCACUUCUGGACAUAAAUUGGACUGGACUCACUAAUCUACUGGACAUUCCUGGGCUCAAUGGGCUGUCUGACAGUCUGAUUCAAGAUGUAAUCUACAGUUAUUUGGUUUUACCCAACCGUGUCACCAUCCCUCUGGUCGGGGACAUGGAACUUGCCAAGCUCCGCUUCCCAUUGCCAAAGGGAGUCUUGAGGAUCCAUUUCUUGGAAGCUCAGGAUCUUGAAGGCAAGGAUAAAUUUCUUGGAGGUCUCAUCAAGGGCAAGUCUGACCCGUACGGCAUCCUGCAGAUUGGCACCCAGCUCUUCCAGAGCAAAACGGUCAAAGAGAGCCUCAAUCCCAAGUGGAAUGAAGUUUACGAGGCACUGGUGUACGAGCACUCAGGUCAACAUCUUGAGAUUGAGUUGUUUGAUGAGGAUCCAGACAAAGACGAUUUCCUGGGAAGCCUCAUGAUCGAUAUGGCUGAACUACACAAAGAGCAGAAGGUCGAUGAGUGGUUUGACCUGGAAGAGGCGCCGACUGGGAAACUCCACUUAAAGCUGGAGUGGCUGUCUCUGCUCUCUUCUACUGAGAAGUUGGACCAGGUUUUGCAAAGUAUACGUGCAGACAGGAGCCUGGCCAAUGACGGGCUGUCGUCAGCACUGCUGGUGGUCUACCUGGACUCUGCCCAGAACCUGCCAAGUGUCUUCACAGGAAGCUUAGGCUGUGGAAACUUAAGUGAGCGACGAGCAUCUGGCCUAGUCUUUUGUGAGACCAAUACUUCACAGUAUAGAACAAUUUGUUCUGCGAAAAAAAGCAGCACUGAACCCAGUCCUUACGUUCAAUUUAUUGUUGGACACAAAACACUGGAGAGUAAGAUCCGGUUCAAGACUAAGGAGCCACUGUGGGAAGACUGUUUUUCUUUUCUUAUUCACAAUCCCAGGAGACAGGAGCUCGAAGUGGAGGUAAAAGAUGACAAGCACAAAUGCACUCUGGGUAAUUUGACGGUGCCUUUGAGUUGUCUGUUGGUGGAGGAGGACAUGACGCUGACUCAGUGUUUUGCCCUCAAGAACUCCGGACCCAGCUCCACCAUCAAACUUAAAAUGGCCCUGAGGAUCCUGUCCCUUGAGAAGCAGGUGUCCUCGGACCAGCCUUCCUCCGUGCAGGUCAGGAAAUCCAGCUUGCCGCAGCCAACUGCAGCCUCCACCCAGAGACAGUCCUCAGAUUCCCCGCUGCCUCCGCCCACACCUCCGCCCCCCAUAGACGCUUCCACCUUCACCCUCCAGCACAGGGACGGCGAGCCGUACUCCGCCAGCCCUCUCCGCAGUACCUCCAACCUCAGCAUGUGCAUUUCCAGUUCCCAGAAACACCUGCCUCACAAGGAGUCCACGCCCAGUUUGGCCUCGGAUAUCUCCCUGCCAUAUGCCAGUCUGGAGCUUCAACAAAGGCUCCGUCAACUGCAGAAUGGCUCGGCGCCGGGCCAGUUUCCCCUGGGCGAGGUCCAGCUGACAGUUCGACACAGCUCUCAGAGGAACAAGCUUAUUGUGGUGGUGCACUCCUGCCGUAACUUGAUAGCCUUCACCAAAGAUGGCUCAGAUCCCUUCAUCCGCCUAUAUUUACUGCCUGACAAGAGCCGGACAGGGAGGAGGAAGACCAGCACAACGAAGAGGACCCUUAACCCUGUUUAUGAUCAAACGUUUGAGUUUAAUGUAUCUAUGGUGGAGCUCCACAGGAGAACUCUGGAUGUAGCAGUAAAGAACGGAGGGAGCAUCCUGUCCAAACACAAAGGGCUCCUGGGAAAGGUUUUGGUAGAUUUAAGUGGGGAGGAUAUAGCGAGAGGAUGGACGCAAUGGUAUAGUUUAAGUGAAGAUGGAUUGUCCUCGCAAAGCUUAACAAGUACUCACGACCCUCUGCUCACAUUGUGAAUUCACCUUUCCGCUAUAAUUUAGUUACCUUGUUAUUUUAAAGGGCACAUCGAUGAGUUGUUUUGGUGUUUAUUUUUCAUAUACAUGUAAGUUAUGGGAAUUAUAUCAGCAUGUAAUGAAGUAUUUUUGAAUAUUUCCUGAUAUUGUUCCGUUAAUGAUCCUAAAGAUGUUUUCACAUAAUUGUAAUGAAACACACAAACUGAACUGUGUCUGUUUUUAGUGUGUUGUGUAAAUAUGGAGUUGCUGACACUGAGUUAUCAGAAUUGCAGGGGCUUUCAUGGCAUUUUAUUUAUUUUAAUGAAAAUUGUGUUGAAAUCUGUUUGUAAGAAUGCGACAAAUUUGCUGUGUGAGAAAACAAUUUCCAAAGGAACAGAUACAGUAGCAGUCUUGACUUUUAUAUACAGUAUAUAUAUAUAAUUUUUAUUUGUCAUGAAGUGUUAUUUGACUGUUUAUCUCUUAUUGUUCCUUAUGCUUGAUUACAAACAUGGAAUGCACAUAUGCAAAUUAAAUAAAAAUGAUUGCUCUGAA